CAACACUUCGCCAUUUCAGAUUUGGGAGGGGAGGGGAGUUCCUGUGAAACUCCCGCGAAAGAAUUAGGUCAGCUGAGCCGAGGUUUCCUGCAUCUGGUCGUUUCUUCAUUGAAAAUAUCCCUUAACGCUGUCUAGUCGUCUCUCCGUGUUCCGAUGAGUUUAGUUUGGAUGGUACGGAUGAAUUUAUCCAGCGCUGUCCCGGGUUGAAUUCAGUCAGAGUCGGUAGUCGGAUUUCUCCGCUCACAGCUCCGGAGCUAGCUGAGUGUAAACAACAAGCAUGAAGAGGGUGAAAGGAGGAGAGGAGGGCAGCAUCAGCCCCUCCAGUGAGAGCCCACCAGAAGCCAGCAAGAAGGUGCGCAAACAGACGAGCGAGGAGUCUGAGGCUCAGGCUGUGGUCAGUGAGUCAACAGAAUGCGAUUGGGCUAGACUACCGCAGGAGCUGCUGCUUCACAUCCUCCAGUACCUCCCACUGUUGGACAGGGCUUAUGCGUCCCAGGUGUGCCGCGGCUGGAACCAGGCAUUCCACAUGCCUGAGCUGUGGCGGUGCUUUGAGUUUGAGCUUAACCAGCCAGCCAGCUCUUACCUGAAAGCCACACAUCCAGACCUCAUCAAGCAGAUCAUAAAAAGGCACUCCAACCACCUGCAGUAUGUCAGCUUCAAGGUUGACAGCAGUACAGAGUCUGCAGAGGCAGCAUGUGACAUUCUUUCACAGCUGGUGAACUGUUCUCUGAAGACCUUGGGGCUCAUCUCCACAGCCAGGCCCAGUUUCAUGGAGGUCCAGAAGUCUCAUUUCAUCUCAGCUCUGACUGUGGUGUUCGUCAACUCCAAAUCGCUGUCCUCUUUGAAGAUCGACGACACGCCAGUGGAUGAUCCGUCUCUGAAGGUCCUGGUGGCCAACAACAGUGACACCCUGAAACUGCUGAAGAUGAGCAGCUGCCCUCACGUCUCGCCUGCAGGGAUCCUUUGUGUGGCCGACCAGUGUCAUGGACUGAGAGAGCUGGCACUGAACUACCACCUCCUGAGCGAUGAGCUCCUUCUGGCCCUCUCCUCGGAGAAACACGUCCACCUGGAGCACUUGAGGAUCGACGUGGUGAGCGAGAACCCCGGCCAACACUUCCACACCAUCAAAAAGAGCAGCUGGGACGCCAUGGUGAAGCACUCGCCCAAAUUCAACCUGGUCAUGUACUUCUUCCUCUACGAGGACGAGUUUGGGCCUUUCUUUAACGAGGAGAUCCCCGUCACUCACCUCUACUUCGGCCGCUCGGUUAGUAAGGAGGUCUUGGGCCGCGUUGGCCUCCACUGCCCUCGUCUGGUGGAGCUGGUGGUGUGCGCUAACGGCCUGCGCCCCCUGGACGAGGAGCUGAUCCGCAUCGCCAAGCACUGCACCCAGCUGUCCGCCAUCGGCCUGGGCGAGUGCGAGGUUUCCUGCAGCGCGUUUGUGGAGUUUGUAAAGAUGUGCGGUCGGAGGCUUUCUCAGCUGUCCAUCAUGGAGGAGGUGCUUAUUCCCGAUCACAAAUACACCCUGGAUGAGAUCCACUGGGAGGUUUCUAAGCAUCUGGGUCGGGUGUGGUUCCCCGACAUGAUGCCCACCUGGUAAAGCGAAGCCAAAGAGGCACACGUGAUUAGUGAUUUGUGGUGUGGAACAAUCGUGUUUGCGUUGAAAGUCUCUAAACUCUCUCGCUGUCGUAGAAUGUUUGGUGGCAACUGCGAGAGCUUAAACUUGCUGAACUCCUGCGUGUGGAGUGCAGAGUGAGGAUGUAAGGUGGCGCCUGACUGCUACACAAUGUCAUGUCAUGACCACAAAAAUCUCUGCCUGUCAGCUUCAACGUGGACUGUGGAAUCCUACUUUGCUAAAUGAGGAGACAGAACGCGCCAUGCCGGCUUCUCCAGCUAGUAAACAAUCAGCACACAGAGUAGUUCAGGGGGAAGAUACGACUAUAAAAGCAAUGUUUUAUAACUGCAAAUUAAGUUAUAUGGACACUUUAGCUUGGGUAUGAUUAUCUAUAAUAUGAGAGAUGUGUGUGUGUGAGAGUAUGAAGGUAAAUGUAUGUGUGCUAUAAUGUUUUUUAACAUUGGGGGGAAGACUAGGUGCACAAUUGCAUGUAGUUACACUACCACUUGGCCUACUUAAAUCCAGAUUGCAGCUCUGCAUUCUAACAAUAUAUGGCAUUGGAGGUUUCCACAUGGCUUUAUUCCUACAUAGUAUGCGACAGGCGGUGUUUGUCAGCUGUAGUCGAAAGGAGACUCUUUAAACGUGCAGAGUAGUGGCUGGGUCCUACGCCUAUCUGUAAACUAAUUUAAAAAGAAAAUGCAGCGGAUAGGCGUUUGACGGCAUCUUGUUUUUCCUCCUAAAGCAGGCUCAAUCGUACAUUGAUAGCAAGAAAAGAGUUGAAAAUGUUUGGAAGUCAGCCCAGAGAGGGAACCGAAGCGUGUAUAUAGGUGUCUAUCUAUGUGAUGUGAAGGUGUACAGUGCUGAUUGAUAUCAUGGACUUUUAUUUUCUCUGUUUUUAUGUCCUGCAUUGCAAAUCACGUUGGCUCUACGAAUGAAUUAUCUCCGUUUUGUACAGUCAUAGAUUUUGUUCUAAGCACCUUACAUGGACACCAAAUGAUAGUCAGGAAAGAUAAAGUCCUUCUGCCAUGAUUGAAACUAGAAGAGCAAUCUUUAAAAUGCUCCGAAUUAUCACUGUUCUGGGAGUCUGUUGAGUCAGAUACCCAUGACAGUAUGUAGAAGAAAUAUAGAGAAAUAAUGAAAGCAGAGACAUGAUCAUCGUGUAAAUAAAGAAUGCACAGAAUUGUCUGAAUUUGGAGGUGAUUUCCCUAGCCUUCGUAUACAGAUAACUAAUAGUUCUAUAAUGGAGUCUCUGCAGCUCACAAUGCACUCUGGGAAUGCAAAAGUAACCCUUAGUGUCUUUCAGGUGCAUCAAAUAUUUCCUUAAUAGGUUUCAUUUGUAUCUUCUGCUAUUUGACUGUUCAAGCUCUAAACCUCUUCAGUGAAUAUCUGCCCUCCUCCCAUUGGUCCUCAUUGACUCUGUAUCGUGUCAACACAUCGUACAUACAGCAGAGGAAGCAGUGUUCAUCUUAAUUACAAACUCCCUCUUUACUUUACAGAUAUUAUUUUAAGUUCUCCUGUCCAAGAAAACAUCCAACCAUUUCAGUCAGAAGAGAUUUGGCAAAGUCAGAUGAGAGAAACCAUUUUUUUUUCCUUUAAGAAGGAAGUCAAAUGCAUCUGUAUAUAAAACGCUGUGUGUUUGAUUAUUAUGAAUAGAAAUGUACUUAUUUCUUUAAUUUCGCCCUCUGUCAGGGUUUGAAGUUUCUUUAACCAACGACUCGUGUCUUUUAUAGAACCAGAGUGCAAGUUCUCCUUUACUAGGUGGAUCUUUUUCAUACAGUGGUCACUAGAGAAGAUAAGACGUUUAAUUUAUUGAUAUGGAUUCUGCUUUUGUAAUUUGUUUUUCCGUGUUUUGUCAGUUAAACAAAAGAAGCAAUCAAUAUAAGCACCAGCAAACAGACCAGCAACAAGUUUUUAGUUUGGUUUGGUUUUGACAAUUCAAACUUCAUUGUCAGGAUUUUGUUGCAUGCAGGUUGUCCAAAAGUUGAGUCCACAAAACCUUUAAUCAUGUGACACACAAGAUACAAGUGAUGUAAACCUCCCCCCAAAAAAUAAAUUAAAUUGACAUUCCAGUAAGUGAUUCAGAUUUGCCAGAUUUUUUUUAAUGCUUUGUGAAAAAGGGAUUCAGUUUCCUGGAAGAAAAAAUUAUUAAACGACAAUUAAUGUGCUUAAAAUGGCAUGAAAGUAGUGCUGUUUUGCUUGGCUUUCCUUCAAGUGACCAGAUCUAAAUCGUACUGAAAAUCUUAAUUAGAGCCCGACCGAUUAAUCAGCCAACCGAUAAUAUCGGCCCAUAUUAGCAUAUCCAGUGACUAUCUGUAUCAGCUAAUUUUAUCGCAUAUAUGUGCCGAUAUUACAGGAUUUAUUCACCAGACAAAAAGCAUUUCAUUUAAUUAAACUUGCAGUUCUCGUUCACCAGCCGAGGGCGCUAUAUAGAUUAAAACAAGCAUUAUCACUCCAGAGUGUCGAGCAGUGAUGCAGGUACAUGCGCAGUGACUUUACAGUUGAGUGACCAUCUUGUCUUCUUUGUCCUGUAAAGCUUUCCACAAGUGUUCGAUAACUGCAUUUGAAGGAAUAACGCAAUAAAUAAUACGUGUGUAUAUCUACAUCGAUCUCUACAGGUUGAUAACGCCGAGAAAGAUAUCAGCCGAUAGAUCGGAUUUUUUCACUCUCCAAUAUUUCGUAUCGGUCGGGCCGUUGUCUUAGGGUCAUCAUCAUUAAAUUAAAGUCAGAGGACAAUGACUUAGUCUGAAUUUUAUGACACAUUAUAAGUUAACAAGAGCCUCACAAGGGGGGGAACAUUUUGAGAAAAAGAGUUUACAGCAUGAAAGUUGUAAAUUCACAACAAAAGAACAAAUUCUCUGGACUGGGGUGAUAUCCUCAUGAACUUGUACAACAUGUUAACUUUUAGCCACCAAAGAAUAGCCAAUAUAUAUUUUUUAAAUGAAUGCAUCAUAGUAUUUUAUAAAUGUUUCUUUUUUUUAAAUUAAGCUUUUACAUAGAAGCUCUCAAACAGCAUCAUGUUACAGUUAUCCCAAAAAAAGAAAUGGCCAUAAUAAGAGAGACUUUUGUUUAAACUGCUGUGUCAACAAAGUCCAUUUACCAUGAAGCAAAAUAGCAAUAAAAUCUUCAACGCUUCAAGUACUUCACUAACAGCAAAUAAAUGUAUUUAAGAAACAUAGACUUUAAGAUGUUAAAUGUACUUCAUUACAGUUGAAGAGAACUUAAAUGGACAAAAAGCCUUUGACAACGUUGCAUGUCAGUAGGACCUGUAGACAACAGAUCUGAUUUCUGUGUGGCUUCAUUCACGUCUUAUUUGACAUUUCAAACAGCCGAACAAUAACGUAGACUAAAUUAGACACACUGAUUGGAAGUGCAAGGCUUUCUAUUGGAUUAAACUAACGUAGCCUAUUGAUAGGAUUGGUCUGUUUGCACUAAAAUAGAUACCUUUGCUGAUCGUCUGUGCUCAUGUACUUUAGCAUCUCAUUGGUACAGUAACAUAUCCUGAUACAGUUUUCAUAACUCAUGCAGUGCAUUCACUGAUCGCCGUGACAGCAGCUCUGGAGUCAAAGUCAAUACUCUUCCUGGUUUCAAUCAUUGUUCUGUCGGCUUCUCUUGGAAAACUUCACCACAGCUAUCUUAACCUCAGAGUCCUCUGUAACUUUUAUUAGGAUUAAACUGGUGUUGAUAUUGCUGUCAUUUAGUUUUACUUGUGUAUUGGUAAAUGCUCCGUCUUCUUUGCUUUACUGCUGUCAUGAAGUUAAAAUGAUUGGUUUGGAAAUGUGAUCUUAUACUGGUAAUAAACAUUUGUGAAUGUA